AUGUAACAAGGUUUCUUGUAAUAACAAAAUGGAUAUUAUGAUGAUGUCCCAUAGAAUCCAAAUGAAUAGAAGGAGUAAUCAACAAGUGCUUUGGAAUGGUUGGCCGUUAUUGGAUUGGUUUUAUUAACAUAUAUGGUCAUAGUAUUCCUUUGGAUAGUGUGUAAUGUGAAUAUUAAUCUUAGGUAUGGCUGGUAUUCGUAAUAAUUUUGAAGCUACAGUCAUAUGUUUUAUGGUCAUCUUUUUUUGCAUAUAUAUCCCAGGAAUAGGCUUUUUCUGGUGGAAAGGAUUGUAAGUGAGAACCCAAUUAAUAUAAGACUUUAUUAAUAGAAAAUUGUAAGAAAAUCAAAUGGAAAUUGGAGGAAGAGUUUGAUUAAAUUAAAUUCAAUAUAAUAACUAUGUCAAUU